AUGACUCCAAUCGAAGAAAUAAUCCCGCUUUAUCUGGCAGACAGGAUCUCCCUCGACUCCGCCAUCCAAUCCGCAUCCCAAAUACCCAGAACACCCCUCCUCCUCACAGCCCUAAAAGAAAGCAGAUCCCUCCCACGCUCAAUAGACACAGACCCAACAACACCAACACCCGACCUCCCCUCCCCAUCGCAAGACAAACUCCUCCAGCUCAUCCGGGCCCUCGAUUCCCGCGCGCGCGCCCAAGACCGCGAUAGCGGGAUUGCACUGGAUGAUUUGAUUAGCACUCCCGGAUAUGGCUCGGAGGCCGAGGAACAGUAUAAUGCGCUGCAUGUAUUCACGAACGAGGCGGUCCGAGACUUUGCGGCUUGUUUCUUGCAUUCUGGCUAUGGCUAUGGCUCUGUUCCGUCACCAACAUCUGCGCGUAGGCAGAGCCAUGGCCAGACCAGACGAUCUAUCCGGUCUUCGCUAUUCCGGGCGCGGAGCGAGACGAGAUAUCUAGAUUCCGAUGUAAACGCCGAUGUUGAUGCCGAUGUUGAUACCUUCGCCGACGAACACGCAGACCCAAGCACCGAUGUACCAAUAUCCUCCGGUCCAGCUUCAGGCUCAGGUCUAGGCCACCGCCGCCGCAGAAGCAGCGGGGUAGAGAAGCAUUUGUACAACCUCGUCUCAUUCCUGGCGUUCCUGACGAAAGAGAAACUCCUCUUGUAUCCUAAUGUCGGGGAGCGCGUGGUUGUUGAGAUGGUUUCUGAGACGUUGUAUCACCCGCCAUCGCAUUCGCAUUUGCAUUCACAUUCACAUUCAAACUCGCAGUCGCAGCCACGGUCUUGGAAUCCCAACCGGAACCGGAACCGGAACCGAUCGCAUACUGUUCCACAAGACGUGGGUUCCGAUUCAAAGGGGAAAGGGAAAGGGAACGGAAGGGAAGAGACUGUGGCUGUUGCUGUGAGCCACGAGCCGUGGUUCGGGUUUGUUUCGGCGACUGGGCCGGGGAAUGAAGUGAGCGUUACGGCUGUUGCGCUGUGGUUGAUUAUCAUGGGGGAGGAGCUGUAUCAGCGGGCGCGGAUGGAGAGGAGGGAGCGGAGGGCGAGGCUUAAAUCCACGUCUAAGGGGGUGGCUGAGGGAGAGGGAGAAGAAGGAGGAGAUGUGUGGACGCGGCUGAGUGAGGUUGUUGGGCGGGAGUGGAAGACGUGGACGAGCAGGCUGCAGUUUCUAUCGUUGCGUGAGGACAUGGGCAUUUCGGCGCGCGAGCACGCAGCAGAGGCAGCGGCUGUUAUGAGGAGGGUUUAUGAUUAUGAAUAG